UUAUUGAAUUGUGCAUGAAACAGAACAAAAUAUGCUGACCAGAGUUUUUGGUUCGUACAAUGGGGUUUCACUUUCGUUAUGACAAAUUUUAGAACAAAGUUCUCCAGUUAGAGCUUUUUCAGCUUAAUUUUUACUUACUUAACAAAAAUCAUUCCUUUCUUCGCAUAAUUUUCAUAACGUACAAGAGUUUGUAAGGUACGAAAUUCUUCUCUUGAUUUGAAUUGAGAAACGCAAUAAGGACGUAAAUAUAUGAAGUUUUCAUUAUGAAAAUUGACGGCAAACUACCUUGCCAUGAUUGAGCGGAAAAUAACUAACGGCUGCUUAUUUAGAUUUUUUUUUCCAAACAUGCACGAUAGAAUGUAAUCAAGAGUGAAGUCCUUUGGCAAGGGCCGUUUGAUCUUGGACACUUAAGCCCAUUAUGUUAUGAUCGGGUAAUAAGUUCAGUCGUGAAUCGUGGUCAUCGACCUUGUUCCGGAGGCUGGCGAAGAAAAAUCUUCUCCUUCGUGUCGUGGAACGCCUCCUAGACUCGGAGGCGUACCCUGUCAAAACUUACCGACUGCCCACUAUCCUCUUUUGAUUCUGAACGCUCCGUCUAUUUUUCAGUUACAAGUACCGUCAGUUGAGACCAAGCUGCUUCAUUGGGCGGUCGACAAUAGUUAUUCCCAUCCACUAAAUUAAAUAGUGAUUAUCAAUUAAGGCGUUUGCUUUCAUUCUUAAGAAGCCCUCUAGCUUUAUCAAGUACAGGUGAUACUAGUAUCAGCUGAGUGAUUUCUCAGUUACCUUUUAAAUUGAUUUGUUGACAUGUCUCGACCGUCGACAGUGCCAUCCCACCAUAGAAAGCGCAGGUGCGUGGCUGCUGUUCUAGUCGUUAUGCUUUCAGCUCGGACGUUGGUCAUGACCAACGGUUUAACGACCACAUCCAGGCCUUCAGCUGAUAUUAGUCUUUCAGCAAACGACAAACCUGAAAGUGGCGAUUUUCUUGCCAUGUCAGACAUAGGCACCGGCAAAGAAAUCAACAGUCGGAGCUUCAGAAUGGCGCGUAGCGAGUUUGCUGAUUAUUGCUUGAAUGGCGAUUGCGUCAAUGGCGAUGUUCUCAAGGUGGUCAGCAAAUUAGCCAAACGUAUUUUGAGCGAUCCACGCAUCCUUGGUCUCCGAACGGCGAGCAUAUCAGUAGAUGACUAUGAGUGGACCGAUGCUCCUGAAGAGUCGCUCUCCCGUGCCUUUAGGGGUACUAGUUCGUUAAAAACCCGUCGGGUUAAUAGUAAUCGCCGUAAUGGUGAUGAAAUAUCAGAGAACGGUCAGAAAACAUCCAUUAGUAACAGAAGAGAUCCCAAUUCAUCUGAGGAGGAAUCAUCUCAGGUAGUAAAACUUGACACCACAGUUAAUUGUUAUAACGCAGCACCUGGAGGUUUGGACUCAUUUGACGUUUUCUACCCGGAUGAGAGCUACGAUGAAGCGUACGGUUACGGUCCGGAUUACGCUGAAGUUGAAGAAGCCAAGUUGGCCAGCACCAAUGUCAACCCCAACGCUGGUGGUACCAAAAGCAAAGAGACGUCGGCUCGUGCCAUUGGUGAAACUGCUGGCUUGUUUGAUACAAACUCGUUUACUAGCCGCGAUGAUACCUACGAAAAUGAUCGCUAUUUACAAAGAUAUGAUCAAAAUAAGCUUAACAAUCGAUACAGAGAUAAAGAUUCUUACCAAGCACUGACCGGUUCUGACACGAGUGAGAAUCCUAAAGCGUACAGACUUCCUGGUAAGGUAAAAUAUGGCGAAAUGCACGGAUCUACUCCGGCAUUAGAUGAGUCUCUUGACCGUGGCAAUACCAAAUACAUCUCGAAAAAUAGGGAUGAUGACGACGAUGACGGCGGUCAUAACGGUGGGGGUGGGGGAGGCGGAGGAGGUGGUUAUGGCGGAGGAAGUAGUUAUGGCGGAGGAAGUAGUUAUGGCGGAGGAGGUGGUUAUGGCGGAGGAGGUGGUUAUGGCGGAGGAGGUGGUUAUAGUGGAGGAAGUAGUUAUGGCGGAGGAGGUGGCUAUGGCGGCGGUUACGGAGGUGGAAGUAGUUACGGAUACAGCGGAUAUGACGAAUGUUGUAAGAACAAACUUUUGCCCAUCCUUUUGGUGGGACUUUUGGGUCUGCUGGGCUUCUUUCUCUACAUCCGAUCGACCACGCUUGCAGCAGCGCGUAGUAUGGACGAUAGUGAUCUCUCUGAUGUGCUGCUGGACGGUCCGACUUGGUUGAGCAUGGUUCACGAAUUAUGGGAGCAAGAUACAGUUCUUGAAAAUACCAUCUGCACUCAGGAAACUUUGUGCCGCAUGAACCGGCUGGCUAUGUCCGCGCCAGGACAAGCAGGAUGGGCUGUUUCGCUAUCUAGUUUGCCUUUAAGCUAUCUGUUGCAUACGCGUCAUGUCGGCGGAUUCACUUCCUACAUGGACGCAGCGAUGAUGGGCCGCUCAGGCGCGAACUGCACCGAACUUUACUCAAGUUGUCCUCGCCUAUCGCAUUAAACGAGUUGCAUCCCACCAGACAGUGCAAAUAUUGACUCUCCCAACGACGAUUCUAAAAACAAAACACAUAAAAAAAAAUAUAUACAUAUUUUAAUGAUUAUUUCGGUGUAUAAACACUGGCACUGUAAAUUUAUGUUUUAUUUAUUUUGAAGUUUAGCAGAGAGGUGGCACUGUACAACAUUAAUUUCUAUACAUGUUUACCCUUUUUUUUUUACUGUUGGACUUCUAUUGCGCCAUGGUUUGGAUAAGGUUAUUUUUCCUAGAAACUUUGGGUUCUCUUGAAACUUAUAGUAGUAAUGGUAACAAAACCUAAGAAAACGGGAAAAACAAUUUAGAAAGAAAAUACAAUAUAAUCUGCACAACUACGCAUCAGAAAAGAUUGACAAUUUCCAUUUGUAGUAGCAUUAAAGUUCGUUUUACCAGUUGAUGACCAUCUUACCAUUCAGAAUCGCAUUGACUAAUAAAUAUGUUCCCAUAAA